AGAGCGCUGUCGCCGCCCGGGAGCUGUCCGGCCCAGAAGCCCUCAGGCCCCGCCACCCCGGCCGGCGCGGCUCCAGCCGUUCCCCGCCCCUCCGCGUCCAAGGCCGCCGGCUCGGGCCAUGCCCCGCUACGAGCUGGCUUUGAUCCUGAAAGCCAUGCAGCGGCCCGAGACGGCUGCUGCCCUGAAACGUACGAUCCAAGCCCUGAUGGACAGAGGCGCUGUAGUGAGGAACUUGGAAAACCUGGGCGAGCGCGCACUUCCCUAUAAGAUCUUCACCCACAGCCAGCGACACACUCGAGGCGGGUAUUUCUUGGUGGAUUUUUAUGCACCAACAACUACUGUUGAAAGCAUAAAGGAGUAUUUGUCACGAGACACUGAUGUGAUUAGACCGAAUGUUGUAAAACAUCCUUUGACUAAGGAAGUACAACCAUGUGAAGGAAUUGUCCCUGUCCCACUCGAAGAGAAAUUAUACUCCACAAAGAGGAAGAAGAAGUGAGAAGAUCCACCAGACUUCAGCCUUCUGUUUAACUCUCUCACAUUGGAGCAGCCUAGGUGAACAGUUCACUAGCCUGGCCUUUGUCUAAGCAUAUGUGGCAGGUGCUGUUAGAUUUUUUUUUUUUUUUUUCCCAUGAUGUUUUUCACUUUCAGUCCCUUUUGCUGCAAGAUCUGGGGGACCUGCUCAUUGAGGGCUGCUGUACAACCUGGCGCCAGCAGGUGAAGACUCUCCUGGAUUUCAUUGUCAGUAAUGCCCCUUCUUCCUCAGUGUGGACUCUCCCCUUAACAACAGUAACUCCGUCUUUUAAGAGCAGAACACAAAACUGCCUUGGAUGGUGAACAGGUCAUUCAGACUGGGUAGCCAUGUAAAAAUGAACAUUGAAGACCACUGUGUUACACGGGCAACCUCUGAUGAGAGAAAUAAACAUGAUUUUAAAAACCC